AUUGGCUGUGUCUGCCUUGCCACUCAAAUACUUUCAAACCCGAGAAUCUCCAUCGCCUGACAUCUGAUUAUCCAAAAUCAAAUCACCCACCGCAAAAGCUUCGUGCUCACGAUAAAAGAGACGACCAAGGCACAGAAGAAACUUCAGUCCCACCAUGCCAGAAGCUACCAAGGUUCAGCCAUGGAAGUCGGUUUGGCCCGCGCCCGACACCACUACCGACAAGGAGCGUGUGGAAGAGGGCGAGAAAGACCAAAUCCCCCACUUCAAGCUUUCAGGGGGCAGAAGUGCCGAGUUCGGAUACGAGGAGGAGGUCAAGGUUGACGAGCCGAAGCCCGAGAAGAAAUGAACGGUCGUUGAUAUGGUGAUUAUGCUACGAGGGCUCACGGGGCGCAGUAUGUAUUCGUGGUCUCAGCGCGGAUUCGCACUGAUGUACGCUCUUUGAUUGGGGAAUUCCAUCA